AUGGCCAAGCGGGAGGCAUGGUACGAGCGGCCCACCCCCCCAAACAUGCGGCAUGUCCACUCCGUGCAGCAGUUUGUGAACGAGCUGGAGGGGGCCAAGGAGAAGCUGGUGGUGGUGGACUUCUUCGCGCCCUGGUGUGCAGCCUGCAAGGCCCUCUUCCCCAAGGUCGUGCUGCUGGCAGAGGCCAACAAGGACGUCAUCUUCCUGGCCAUCAACUUUGAUGAGAACAAGGCGCUGGCCAGGGGAGUUGGAGUCAAGGUGCUCCCUUUCUUCCACUUGUAUCGUGGUGCAGAGGGCCGGGUGGACGCAUUCUCUGCCUCCGUCUCCAAGGUCCAGCGGCUCAGGGACGCAAUUCGGGUGCACAACACUCCCCGCUGCUUCCUUGGAUCCUCCCCCGGUCUGGAGGAGUUCCCGGACGUGAGGCCCACGCCCGAGGAGUCCGAAGACACCGAGGCAAACACGCUGCGCUCUGUUGGCUAG